AUGCAUAUGGAAGCAUAUGAAAACGGUCAAUGCGGCGCAGACAAGAGCAACGAUGAGGAGCCGGAGGUCUGCGAGGUGCCAUUCCAUGGUCAACUGACGAUGAACUACCUGCUCUGUGACUCGUCGAUCCUGAACAGCGUGGAGGCCAACGUGGUGCAGAAGAGCGCCAAGUCCUGCCAGCAGUUCCGUUGCGACGGCUGCGGCCGAGCUUAUACGCGGGUCGACAGCCUGAAACGUCAUCAGCAGAAGUGCGACGAGUUCUUGGCGUCCUUUCAAGACCGGCAGGAGAAGCUGGAGAGACUCCAGCAGCAGGAGUAUUAUUGCAAUCAAUGUGGCAAAACGUAUAGAAGACUGGACACCUUACGUCGGCAUCAGCGGCUGGUGUGCGGCGACAAAGAGAGUAAUCACGGCUUGAAAGUGGACAAGGCGAGUUUAUAA